AUGACGUCUUUGGCAGGCUUCCUCUAUCCGGAAUAUGUGCUGCACAACUCAGUUGCCGCUGAGACAGACUUUGAGGCGAGUCGACGACGUGUGCCCAAGAAGCUCACCACCUCUCUCAUGGAGCACGACAUCACCGCAGGGGCGGAAAGGGGCUGCGUGAGCAGCUCACCAAACAUAUCGCAGCUUUUGAUGAGCGAGCUGCUCUACGCAUGGCGCACACAGGACACCCAAGACGACUCCGACGUAGAAAAUAGUGAUUCCGAUGCUACAUCGAGUGAGACCUCGUAUGACACCAGCGACCUAACAAGCGGUGGUAGUGGUUCGUCCGACUCGAGGUGUACUUCUUCCUACAGCGCUUCCAACACUGAUGACUCGGACACCACCUCACACGACAGAUCGUCGACGUGGUAUGAGGAGGAUGAAGGGAGUGACCAAGAAGACGAUGAAACUGAGGAAGCCGAGAUGAUGGUCGGCAACGAGGCGCCCCGCAUCAAUGGCAACCUCGACUCCAAUAGACGCGCCAUGGGCAACCUUAACGUGAUUUUCAGCGUUAGCCGCAACACCAUCUCACCAGAGCAAUGUGGUGGUAUCAUAGUCGCCUCCUCUGUGAGUACUCUGCCAUCCUUCACGGUUGCCGGUGCGUCCAGCUCGCACUUCAGCUUUCUUUUGACUGACACACGUGAAAAGAAAAUGCAAGGCGCUAGCGGCAGUGUCGCCUCGAUGGUGCCACCAGCGUACACCACCACGACGUUGAACCCGAAGCUGAGCAUGCCCUAUGUAUUCUCCACCUCUGACACCUUUAGCAACUGGUUGUUCGCACCGCUCGAGGAUCAGCCGAACGACUUGGGCAAAGAUAAGAGCGGCAAAACUGGCGCCAGACGGCCACAGUCAGCGGUACCGCACAAUUCAGGGAUUAUCUCGCAGAUGUACUUCUCCAAUGACCAUGGUUGCCAUACAAGCGACCAAAAACUUUCCACAUUGCCCUUGGGUGAUGAGAAGAGGCUCCAGACGGCGAGUGUGAUGCACAUCGAGGCAAAAGUGCAAAACCACACGCCCUCGAACCGCAUCCAUCGCAAUGAGGACUCCGUCAUCGGCCACAUCUCUAGUGUGUGGUCUAACGACGACGGGAAGAGCGAGAGUGCCAUGUUGAAACGGGCAUCGGUCAGCAAUGUGCAUGACAGCUUCCCAUCUUUCAUGGCGUACUUCCCUACGCGUCCCCCGCGCAUGGCGCCAGAAGAGAUGUUAAGGGCAUCUUCUACUGGGAAGCGGGGUGAGACACUGCACAAGACGUCCGCCGAUGGGGGCCCCGUGAACAACAGAGACUACAGCAGCAGUUCACCCGGCAAGCUGCCGCACUGCUCUUCAUUUUCUCGCGCAGACACCAGCAGUGGUGGCAGUCCUGCCGGGGAAGUCUUCUGCACGGUUAGGGCGCUUUCUCCCAACGCCAUUGUUCGGGUGCUGCGCGGCGACUUCGACAACCGUGAUAUCAGCCUUGAUAGCCGCUUUUUUGAUGCAGAUCACCAUCAAAAGGUCGAGUCUAGUAGGAUGGAGGCCAAGGGGCCUUUCCGGCAGCGGUCGGCGUCCUCGGGGUACGUGGUGACUGCGGGUGGUGUACCUGAUAGACACGGCACAAGUACAACGGCAGCGGGCAAUGGCAGAACCUCGUCGAGCCACCGUGUUGACGCAUCGGGGCGUCGCCGAGCGUCUGGCAAUUUGAUUCUGAGCGUCUUGAGAGGGGCCCCUGCGGGGUGUCCGUGUGAAUCUUUCUCUGUGACUCGGUCGUUUAGCUCCGGUCAAGUGCAGAGCCCAGCCCCUGUGCCAUCGCAGCAGAUGUUCGCCGGUGGGUGGCGGCUGCUGAGUUUCCGCGAGCAGGACGACACGCUGUUUACAAACAUCGAGCACGUGCCACACAAUGGAAAGUCAAAGAAAAAACAUAAGAAAUAUACGAGCAAAAAGCGCAACAAGCAUCGCAAGUCGCGCCACGCUGUUGGGGAUGAUCGCGAGGGCAAUGGCGCAGGGAAGAAUGAGCAGGCCCGCUAUGACGUUCACAAAAAUGACAAUGCCCUCGACGGCGCAGCGCGAAUGUACCAGGAGAGGGAUUCAGGGUACUCACCGACUGGAGUCCCUGGAGUGACCGGCGCUGGUGCCGCACCGACUGAGUACCCUACUGGUGUGACUUACUCUGCUCCGAGUUACCCUCUCGGGUCGGCUGGUGGUACUCAGGAUCAAGGUAGUGCCUGUAGUCGUGUGGAGGUAAAUGGUCAGCCUUGUGGCCGACAGCGAGCGGUACGACAAGACCUGGUCAGGAGAACGCAGCCUCUUCGAGUAGGUACGCCGCCUGCCGCCGCUGACCCGCCGAUACGAAUGCCUCCCUCCAGAGCGCCGGUCCGUACCGUCACUGGGACCCCUCCCACCCGCUCCGUUUGGCAGUCGCAGAUUUCAACAAGAGCAAAGGUAGGCACCCCUGUCAUGAAUACUCAUGUGCCCCUGCUCUCCGAAGUUGGUGCUUUGGAUGCCGUGAAUGAGGCGGGCGGCGAGAGAGGACAGCGACUCGACCGCUUUGAGAGGCUUAAGGAUCCACCAGUGGCGAGCCCAUCCGCAACGGGGCGGCGCGUGACCGUACGCUCAGGCAAGUCAAAGGUGAUGAGCAGUGGUCGAAAGUGUAGUGGAAUCAGCGACGCCGGCAGCGGUGUGCGGCGACUUCGGCCAGCGUCGGCUACGCGAGUUCUGCCCUCCUUAUCGUUGCCAAACAAACACAUCCCAAUUUGCCUGUACGGUGGUAUGGCUGCUUGCAAUGGUGAACCGUCACGGGAGUUGCCAACCCGUCUAGGGGAAGGACUGCCGCCACUGUAG